AUGGUAAAGACAAACAUCGCUUGGUCUCAUGAACUACAGCAAAAAAUAGAAGAGGAGGAGCACGCCAACGCUUUUGUUGUCAACAAUGAGAACGGCCUGCUGUCCUUUAACGCUUCGCACUUCAAGGCGCGCUCCGGUAACAUUACGAAGCGUGCGCGGGAGAUUCUGCGUAAAAACAGCCGGGAAAGGACGGAGGAAGAAGUCACGACUAUCGAGGUGCUGGAAAAUAGCAGUGAUAUCGUUGCCAGCCUCCAGUGCUUUGAGAAGUACGGUAAGGCGGUGAGACACGAGCUUGCCCGGACAUUAUCCUUGGACAGCUACGAAGAUGGGCGAGUGGUCAUCAAGCAAGGCCAUAUCGGCUUCAAUUUCUACUUCAUUGUGAAAGGUUCCGUGGUCGUGAAGAGGACUGACGAGGACAAGAUCACUGGUCAUAAACAUACACAGGUGCUGGCAGAGCUGGGAGAGGGGGCCUCAUUCGGAGAAUUAGCCUUACUACAUAAUAUAAGACGGACGGCAACCAUAAUAUGCAAAGGAAACUGCGAUUUUUUACGCAUGGACAAACACGACUUUGAGAAUGUAUUGAGUAAAGUGUACAAGAUAGAGUGGGAUCAGCGUCUGGCAGCUCUCCUGAAGCAGCCUCAUAUCAGCCACUGGACCAAGGAGGAGAUAGAGGAGGCUACUGGGCCUAGUAGAAUGGUGGAGUUUCCUAGGGAAAAGGUCAUACUGGGCAACACCAGUGUCGCUGAUGAAGAAUACGUCUAUUUCAUCCACACCGGCCAAGUCCAAGUCGUACGCCGUGUGGACCUCUUACGGGAGUUCUACCCCUGGGGAAGCAGACUGGUUCUCCCCUCAGCUAGCCGGCAUGAUGCACACACCAGAAGUCAGGACCGGCGGCGGACAAAGAUUCUGGGCUAUGCCCAAGAGCGACAUCACUGGGUGCUACUCACGCUGACAGCUGGGAACUAUUUUGGUGUCGGUGAAAAUUUAACAGACACCUAUUACAUCGCAUAUUCAAAUGUCCAGUGCAUCAUGAUUCCAAAAGUUGCGCUCCACAAACACGGACAUCUAAACGACCUAGAGCUUUGGAGGCGUGACUUAGAAAUGGUCAUACCGGAUAACAAAAAGGCAUUGAGGCUGUACACGGAGGAGACCAACUGGUCGCAGUAUAAGAAUGCCGUGGUCAGCGAGAUACUCAGUAAGAGAACAAUGCUUCAACAGCACUGGCCCACUUCCGUAACUGACAUACCCGGCGCGUUGUAUAGUGGCAUGUACAAGUACAAGCAACUUCAAAAGAAGAGAAAAAAGACUUAA